AUGAGGACCACCGGCAGCAGCAGCAGCACGAGCUGCAGCGUCGUGGCUAUAACGACCUUUAUGCUGGUCGUAGCGACGGCUGCCUUAGAAGAUUUCAACGCACAGGCUAACUUUAAUGGUGAACCGCAGAAGCUACUACACCGUGAAACCAGAGCUUUAGAAGUCAUCACCCGGCUAUUAGGUAGCAGCAGCGGGACUGUGGCUGGAUCAUCAUCCAGUGGAACGUUGGAUGCAGGAGCAGCUCCAGCUCCGGCACCGGCCGAUGCAAGCAGUGGCAGUGGAGCCGUACUAAAUCUAGUCGCCCCGUUGGUGGGAAGCAGCAGUGGUAGCGUUAGCGCUGGAUCUGCAGGAGCCGCAUCCGGCACAGGAGACGUCAGCAAAACUGACGGAAGCGGUCCGGACUUGGCUGGUCCAAACGGAGCCACUGGUGGUAGCAGCUUUUCCAGUAUUCUGUCUCUUUUAGGACCCUUGUUGGGUAGCAGCAGCGGUAGUGGUGGUAAUGGUGGAGAUGGCGGAGACAACUUGAAUGGCAAUGGAGGCGCCGGUGGUCCAGCUGGUUCUAAUGUCUUGAGUCUGUUGUCCGGUUUGCUGGGUAGUAGCAGCGGGUCCAGUGGUACGUCAGCUGGUGGCGGCGGUGGUGUUGGAGGUGGAGAUUCAUCAACAGGCGGCGCAAGUGACGAUACAGGCGCCGGAGCGGGUGGUUCAGGAUCCAGUAGCAUAUUGGCACUGAUUGGGCCACUGAUAGGCAGCAGUAGCGAAGAGAAAAACUCGGGACCUAGAGGAAGUGACGACAGCGAUGACACCCUAGUGGACGAUUCAACUUACUACUUAGAUGAUAGCAAUUCCAUUGACAUCGACGUUAGAAGUGGCGGUCUUAAAAAUUCGUUGAAGACGCCGUUAUAUACCACGAGGAACAAGAGGGCAGUACCGAAAAAUAUGGAUGGUAAAAGUGAUUUUGACGAUUACGAUAACGAAGUAGAUGGAUCAUUGGAUGGUGACAACGAUAGUAAUGAAAUUACGGUUUCAACGGUGGCAAAUGGAAAUGGAACUGGAGUGAUGAUGACUGUGUCAGCACAAAACGGAGGAGGCGAAACAGGCGAUAGCAGCAGUAAUGAAAGUGAUGGUAGUGAGGGAGGAGGGGGGAGUUCAAAUUCUGGGUCAAUAAUUGAAUUAGCCGGUCCCCUUUUAGGUUCAUUGAGUGGUGAGGGCGGUGGUAUUGGAGGAUUAGAUUCUGGAUCAAUACUUGAAUUGGCUGGACCUCUUUCUGGAACGUUAAGCGGUGGGAGUGGAGGAAGUGAGGGAGGAGGUGGGAGUUCAGACUCUGGAUCAAUACUUGACUUGGCUGGUCCCCUUUUAGGUUCAUUAAGUGAUGGAGGUGGUGGUGCUGGAGGGUUAGAUUCUGGAACAAUACUUGAAUUGGCAGGACCUCUUUCUGGGACGUUAAGUGGUGGUGGAGGAGGAAGUGAAGGAGAAGGAGGAAGUUCAGACUCCGGAACAAUACUUGACUUGGCUGGUCCCCUUUUAGGUUCAUCAAGUGGUGGGGGUGGUGGAGGUUCAGAUUCUGGAUCUAUAUUAAAUUUGGUUGGACCCCUUUCCAGAACAUCGAGUGGUGGUAGAAAUAAUGAUGCUGGGAGUGAUAACGAGCAGGAGGGCAGUGGUGAUGAUGAAGAGAAGAAUAGUGAUGGUGGCAGCAGCGGGUCGUCAAACUCCGGAUCUAUAGUAGAGCUUGUCGGGCCAUUGCUAGGGUCUCUUAGUGGUGGUAGUGAAGGAGGUAAGGGUUCGGAUUCUGGUUCCGUAUUGAAUUUGAUAGGGCCUUUAUCUGGGUCACUAAGUGGUGGAAAUAGUGGUAUGGAAGGAGAUAAUGGGGGUGGAGGAUCGGAUUCAGGAUCUGUUUUAAACUUAGUUGCUCCAUUAUCAGGGUCAUCUAGUGGUGGCGAAGGGAGUAGUGGUGAAUCGGAUUCUGGGUCUAUUUUAAAACUCAUCGGACCACUGUCUGGGUCAUCGAGUGGUGGUAAUAGUGGUAGUGGCGUGGAAACAGAGAAUCGUAGUGGAGGUUCGGAUUCCGGAUCUAUUUUAAAUUUAGUUGGUCCCCUAUCUGGUUCAUCUAGUGGUGGCGAAGGAAAUAAUGGUGAAUCGGAUUCUGGAUCUAUUUUAAAACUCAUCGGGCCGUUAUCUGGUUCAUCGAGUGGUGGUGAUGUAGCAGAAACAGAAAAUGGUAGUGGAGGAUCUGAUUCAGGAUCCAUCUUAAAUGUAGUUGCUCCAUUAUCUGGUUCAUCAAGUGGGGGGUCUGAUUCUGGGUCCAGGGAAAAAGGCACAAACUCUGAAAAUGCAGUGAAGUCUUCCAUUUCACUGAAUUCGGUAGCGAAAAGUCCGAUACUAGCCAAUUUGUUUGCUACCAUCCUAUCACAAUCUUCUGCUGGUGCUGCAUCUGCGUCUGCCUCCGCAUCUUCAUCAUCGUCUACAUCAACGGAUGGUGGAGCCGGUGGUGACGGUGGCGAUGGUACCAACGGUGGUGCCGGCGGUGGUUCUGAUCUUCUGGGUUUCCUAGGAUCGAGCAGUGGUUCCAGCAGCGGCGGACCUGGUGGAAGUGGAGCCACUUCGGCUUCUGGCACCCCGGUAAGAAGGCGUCAGAUUGGAGGCUUUUUCCGUCGACCAUUUGCGUCAGCGGCAGACACUAACGAGCAAGAUGUCACGUAUACACAGCUGUUGAACGACCGACCCCGGGACCUGCGUCGCCGGUUGUGGUUGUAA